GUCCUCGUUGUCACCAUAAGUGAAUCCAUGGCUCAAAGGGAUCACAACAUUAAUAUAGAUCUCGGAAAGAUCUUUCGUAUGGGUCUACUGACGGGAACGGGAGGCACCAAACUGGGCAUUGAUGUGCUCAAUGGUUUCGUGAACGUCGGUGUUGACCGUAACAGAUAUCCUGGGUAUUCAAGUAGUAGUGGAUAUCCAAGCAGUGGUGGUGUUACCGGAGGUAACCAUGUCAUUGACAUUGAAGAGGACCCCUAUAUCCGUCCCGUACGGACUGGUAGUAUAAGGGAUAGGAUCCGCAAUAAAUACAUUUACAACAGAAGGGGUGCCACUGAUGUCAAUGUGUCCGUCGAGGACCCCUAUAUCCGUCCCGUACGGACUGGUAGUAUAAGGGAUAGGAUCCGCAAUAAAUACAUUUACAACAGAAGGGGUGCCACUGAUGUCAAUGUGUCCGUCGGUUAA